AUGGACGGUGUUCAGACCGUCGAUGUGAGCUGGCUUCAUCACUCGCAGAAAGACCAUCUCUCGCGAACCAAGUCAGCUACAUCCACCACGAACGAUAAGCCUUCUGCCGAGCGAGAUUCGGCGCCUGCGAUAUCGACGUCCCAUCGGAGGUCUCGUUCGAACAGUACGCCCGUGGACCCGCCCACCUCGAAAGAGUCGCGCCCGAUCCCAGACAGUUCUGUAGACAAGCAACCCGAAGAGAAGCCCGAAAAGGCUGACAAGCCAGCGGAGCCCGUCAAGUCGCAAACGUCGAGCCAGUCUCCCACCGUACAGAGAAGCAGCCCCAAGCCGGUGGGACGGAGAAAUUCAUGGAUAUCUAGUCUGAGCUCCAAAUUCUCAUCAGGGUCGACACCUCCGUCGCAAUCAACCCUGAAAGGAAGUCCCGCGAGUCCCAAAGCAACGUCGCCGCUCGAUGCGCAUAACCCGUUCGGGGCAGCCUAUUUUCCCAAGGACCGUGAGGCUGAAAAGAAAGAGGAAAAUAAUAUCCCAAGCUCUACUUCGCCCAAAGGAGCCUCAUUCAUUCACAAUGCGCUGCGCAAGUUCUCAUCCAACCCGGGAGGACUCCCGAAGCUUCCUGCUAACAGUGCCGUCUGCCCACGCCGCGUGAUGAACGUCGAUCAAGGACGAGACCGAUGCAAGGUCACAGACCUUAAACAAGCCAAGCUCAAUCGGGUGGCAUUCUGUGUCGAUGUGGAAAUUGCAGGCAUCUCUCACAGAGACUCGGACGAAGACGCCCCCCCAACUAAUCAGCUACGGCAGUCUUUGCCGGAAUCGAAUCGUCAAAAAGCAAAGAAGCCAGAAGGCAGAGAGAACAACCAUGCAGCAUCCGUAGCACCCAAACAGCCUGAACAUACCGGGAGUAGCAAGGAAGCUUUACCCACAGCGACGCCAGCUAAGACACAAGGCUCAGAUGCUCCGAGCCAAGCGCCCACUCUCAGCGAGUCGUCGACAGGCGGCGCAGCUGUCGAUCCAGCAGCUCCGGGCGAGGUAAAAGAUACGACACGAAAGCAAGAAAAGAAGAAGCGCUCAGAGGAAGAGCGCAAGGAACGUAAGGAGCGAAAACGCAGGCAAGCUGUCGCCAACGGCACGAUCCCUCUGCAGCUGCAGGGAGAAGACGACGAGGAAGACCACCGCGCAUCCGUAGCGGGCCUUUCGCGAUCAAAAACACAGAGCCACCCCACGACGGACCCGGUGCGAAUCUACCGUCGCUGUUGUCAACUUCGCGAAACACCUGUGCUCAAAAGGAUUGUCGAUGAAAUUUCCUCACCCUCGUCAACAUUGGCUGAAUCUCCUGGCACUGUGGCUGCAUUGGAUCUCAGCAACUUCCCCAUGACAAUUCAAGACAUUGCCACGUUCAGCGACUGGCUUGCGGUUGUGCCCGUCCGCAAACUGAUUCUUGAAAAUUGCUCUUUGAAUGAUGAAUCGAUUCGCGCCAUCCUGUCGGGUCUGCUGUCCACGAAGACAGUCGAGCAGAUGCGUUAUCGACGUCGCCGGGCCCGCAAACCCGACUCACCAGUCGUAAAGAACGUGCGCUGGGGCGUGGUCGAGAAGCUCUCGCUCAAGGACAAUCCGAAAAUCGGGCGGGAAGGAUGGCGCCACAUCAGUCUUUUUGUCCACUUAUCAAGAUCACUUAAGGCCAUCGACCUAUCUGGAAUUCCUUUCCCCAAGGUUCGGGCGCCAACCGACAAUCCUGCAGGACCGAACCCAGCGCCACCCUUCGAUGCUUGCGCCGUGUUUGCUGAAGCCUUAGGGGAACGCUUUGGGGGUGAUCAUCUCGAAGAGCUGUUACUGAGCGAGUGCAUGCCCUCAACAGACCAAGUGAAGCAGAUCUGUGCCGCCGUAGCAAAGAUGAAGCUGCGACGCUUGGGCCUCGCGAAUAAUGGUCUCACCCGAGAAGGCCUGCGCCACGUGGUUGACUAUCUCAAGGACGACUUUUGUGAAGGCCUAGACCUGGGGGGGAACCCCAUCAAAGACGACCUUGAUCUGAUCGCCUCUGCCAUUGAACCUGAGCAGCCCCUUUUCGCAAUCAGCCUUGCAGACUGCUCUUUGAAUCCCUCUGUCAUUUGUCCACUGUUACAGUCUCUUUCUCGGCUCAACAACCUCAGAUUUUUGGACGUUUCUCACAAUCCAGAUUUAUUCUCUUCCCAGCCGAGCUCAUUGGCGGCUUUCAGACGGUUCUUGCCCAAGAUGAGGUCGUUGAAGCGUAUCCACCUGGCAGAUGUUGACAUGUCACCCGACCAUGUGAUCGGACUUGCUGAAAUUCUUCCAGAGUGUCCAAGCCUCUGCCACCUGAGCAUCUUGGAGAACCCACAGAUCGCCGCGCUUGCCUCGAGUACAGACCCGGCUGUCCAAGAAGAGGCCUGUGCCGUCUAUGCCUCCAUGAUGACCGCUGUCCGUGUGUCGAGGACUAUCAUUGCCGUUGACAUUGACAUUCCAUCAGCCGAAAGCAAUGAAGUUGUCAAGGCUCUUGCAUCCCAGAUUGUGGCCUAUUCCCUUCGAAAUCUCGAAGGUGGAGCAAUUGCCGAGGAACUUUCCGAGUCCAUCAAUACCUCUCCAACGAAGGAUGUCCCCGUGCCAGAAAUUCUACAACAUAUCGUCGGCCACUCGAACGGAUUAGAAGACGCCUAUGACGAGGAAGCUGAUGCUGCCCCAGAUGAAGAUUAUGUGAUUGGCGGCACAGGUGUGGUGAAGGCAUUGGGUGUCUGUCUCGGCAACUUGAACCAAGACGGUAGCGACAAUCUCGGAGACGCGUCGGCCCCUGCAAGCGGUACUGCUACACCCCGGCGGCCGAAGUCGCGAGGCGUUGCGACGAAGCGACCUCGGGACAUGUCGAAAAAUCUGUUGGACUCUGCGCGGAACAUCCGAGCUCGGAUCCAGACUGCCCUCAUUCGUGAGGAUCGACUGGGUAACGACGCGAACUACAGACGUCUGCAAUUCCUGGAUUUCACGCUCCAGAGAAUGAUUCAACGGUUCGAAGACGAAUACCCAGAGACCCGUAUUGUUCCUCAGCCUGCUCCAGCAUCGGCUGCCCCGGACAAUAUCUCGCAACAUUCCAGUGAAGGUGCCACCGGCCCCAGUGCCAGUGACAUCAUGAACAACUAUCUUGUUGAUAACGAGAAUGCGAUCGACGAUGAAGAAACAGAUCAAUAUGCGAUUCACCUCUCGCGGACCAGCUCCAUGACUUCGCUACAUUCUCGCGCAAUGACAUCGGAAGAAGGUCAUGUCCAUCGUCUCGGUCAAAACCUUCGGCGCGAUUUCCUCAACCCUCCAUCGGGCUCAGGCGAUCCCGACGAUGAGGCGUCUCACCUUGUGGCACUGCGGAAGAAACUUGAGCGGCUGCACGAACAACAGUCCCAAUCCCCAUUCGACAGCUCUGGGGCCGAAGACACUUUUGAAAAGCUCGGGUUAACGGUGGACGAGCUUUGGGCCGCUCAACACCAUGACGUCGAGAGCUUCGAGCGUUUCAAGCAGUCGCAGAUCGCGGCACAGAUCAACAGCAAACCUCGUGAGACCGAUGGCUCGGCCAAUCCUCGCAAUGAGCCGCACAAGAACGGCACUGUCCCAAACGCGCAAUAA